AGUCGGUUGAAGCGACUGCCAUUACCCUCUGGUGCUAAACCGCACCAUGUGCGUACGAUAGAUCCUACCACUACAUAUAUUGAAUCACGCGCGAAUCUCUCCCCCCUUUCUCUCGAUCGCUCGCCGGAAAACGACACGCCACCGUCGCCUCCGUUAAGACGAAUCGAUUGGCUUGUUUAACGAAAAUUUCCCUGAUUUCUCUCGUAGCAUCAUCUUCCUAAUUUUUUUGCAAAUUCUCGAUGGUCGAUUGAUUUGUUCCAUCACGUCAAUGGCGAGUCGUUGGAAUUCUGGGGUUUCGAUUAUUCUUCUCUUUUCUUUUCCAGAACUCUUACUGUCAGCAGUUGUCACACUUGAUUCCCUGGAAAUAUACAAAAACCAUGAAUGGCUAGGAUCAAAACCCAAAGUUUACUUUCAAUGUAGCGGGGAGAAGAAGGCAGCUCUUCCGGAUGUGAAGAAGACAUACACUGUAUAUAAGUUUAAGGGUGAAGAAUCUUUUCAGCCUCUUACGGAGUUCUCUAGUAAAAAAUGCAAACGGUGCGGGUUUUAUGAGGAGGAGCAUAUUAAGUUUGAUGAUGUGUUUGAUGAGUGGGAGUUCUGUCCUUCAGAUUUUGCAGCCUCUGACGGUCGCUACAUUCGUACUGUUGACAAGGAAUUCAAUGCGACAUUCUUGUGUCAUGAGUGCAUAAAACACGACGAAACUACAAACUUGGAUAGCGACUCGCAUCCUCAUGAGGAAGGGCACGGAAUGCAAUGGACUAUAAUAAUCAUCGUUAUAAGUGUUGCGGCUUCGGCUAUAUUCGUCGCAGGACUGGUUGUUGCAUACAAGUAUUGGCAGAAGAGGAAAAGACAGCAAGAACAGGCUCGGUUUCUGAAACUCUUUGAAGAUACAGAUGACGUAGAAGAUGAGUUAGGUAUUGAUUCGAUCUGACAAAUAUGUUUCUGAUUUUCUGUCUUGUGCUCGAUUACCUGUAUAUAAAAGCAAGCAGUCGAGCAUCGUAUGGAAAAGGGUGAUUAUACGGUGUUGUGAUAUAUGAUAAAACAGUAUUUUCUUUAAUACAUCGACUAGCGUCGGUGAUAUGUGAUGUAUACCGAGAUCCGACUUUAUUGAUGUAUAGAGUAGAUCCUGUUUUCGCA